AUGGAUGAUGACCAAACUGUUUGGAUAGGGCUUCCUAGAUACAGUGUGGAGUAUGUCAACGGGAUAAAAUCAUUUCUGGAAAAUGCUUUUCCCAUCUUUGGGAAAGGCAAUGAAAUGAAGUGCCCCUGCAAAAAUUGUUUGGAUCGUAAAUGGCAUCCUCGAGAUGUAAUUUACGAUCAUCUCAUUUGCAGCGGCCCUUCGUCGAUAAACGUGAAAUGGAUUUGUGAUAUUUCACGUUCAAAAUCAAGAUCUACUGAUGACAUUAUGGAUCAUGAAAUGGGGAUGGGAUUUGGGGAUAAUUUAGAUGCCAUGUUUACUUGUACGGGUCAGAAGUAUGAAAACCUAAAAGCUUGCGGGGAUGCACCGAAUGCAGAGGCUAAAAGGUUUUAUGAGCAUGUUAAAGAGGGCAAGCAGCCGUUAUAUCCUGGCUGCAAUAAUUUUUCUCGCUUAAGUUUCAUAAUCAGACUUUAUUAUCUCAAGUGUGUUCAUGGAAUAAGCGAGGCUGCCUUCGGGGAAUUGCUGAAGUUGAUCAAAGAUGCUUUUCCCCAAGCCCACCUUCCCUUGUCGUUUAAUGCCGCAAAAAAUGUUAUUAAGGAUUUAGGUUUAGAUUAUAAAAAAAUACAUGCUUGCCCGAAUAGUUGCAUAUUAUUUUGGGAAGAAAAUAAGGAUAAAGAUGAUUGUCAUGUUUGCGGUACUUCGAGGUGGGUUCUACAAGAGAAAAAAGGUAGUCAUGCUAAUGAUGAUCCCGAGAAGGUAAUUCUCAAAGUGCCAGCAAAGGUUAUGCGGUACUUCCCCCUAAAGCCAAGGCUGCAAAGGCUAUUUAUGUGCAAAGAUUUCGCUAAGCAGAUGACAUGGCAUGAAGAUGGACGAAUAAAGGACGGGAAACUAAGGCAUCCAGCUGAUGCCGAAGCCUGGAAGAUGAUGGAUGAUCUAUAUCCUGAAUUUUCUGCAGAAAAGCGUAACAUUAGGUUAGGUGUAGCAUCAGAUGGAUUUAAUCCAUUUAGGUCGAUGAAUUUAAGUCAUAGUACAUGGCCAAUUGUACUAGUAAACUACAAUCUUCCUCCUUGGGUGUGCAUGAAACAAGAAAACUUGAUACUUUCAACAUUAAUAUCCGGUCCUGAUUCUCCGAAGAAUAAUAUUGAUGUUUAUAUGCAGCCAUUAAUUAAGGAGUUGAAAGAAUUAUGGGAUGUUGGGGUGGAAACCUAUGAUGCAUUCACCAAUCAGAAUUUUAUUCUACGCGCAAGAGUGAUGUGGACGAUCUCUGAUUUCCCCGGUUAUGCCAUGUUGUCGGGAUGGAGCACAAAGCGGUACUUAGGCUGCCCUGUAUGCCAUUACGAAACUUCUGCAGAUUACUUGAAACAUAGUCGAAAAUUAUGUUACAUGAGUCAUCGGAAGUUUCUCCAUCCUACACACAAAUGGAGGUUUGACAAGAGAAGGUUUAAUGGCAAAAUUGAAUUGGGGGAGAGUCCUAGUAUUCUAUCUGGAACAGAAGUUGAAAGUUUGCUGGUGGGGUACGUUAACAAAUUUGGGAGGGCUAAGGAAAAGGGUAAAAAAACAAACUGCCCUUUUAAGAAGAAAUCAAUUUUCUUUGAUUUGCCAUAUUGGCGUCACAAUCCACUUAGGCAUAAUCUUGACGCAAUGCACAUAGAAAAAAAUGUGUGUGAUAACAUAUUAGGUACUUUACUUAAUAUGAGGUUCAAAUCGAAGGACCAUAUAAAUGCGCGUUUAGAUUUGGAGGAAUUGGGUAUAAGAAAGGCGCUUCAUCCUAUUAAAUCUGCUGAUGGGAAGCAUCUAGAAAUAAGGGCAGCGAUAUUUGAUAUGACGAAUAAGGAGAAAGAAUUAUUUUGCUCGGUGUUGAAAAAUGUGAAGCUGCCCUACGGUUGUGCUUCCAAUAUUAGCGGGUACGUGCACACAAGCGAGAGGAAGAUUGUUGGCUAUAAAAGCCAUGAUGCACAUUUUAUACUACACUACUUGUUGCAAUUCUGUGUGAAAAAAACGUUAAAACCCGAGGUUGCCUUGCCGCUGAUUAGAUUAGGUGCAUUUCUUAGAGGUUUAUGGAGCAAGGCUGUAGAGUUGGAUGAUAUUAAGAGGCUGCAGGAAGAAAUUGUCGAAAUACUAUGUCAUUUCGAGAUGAUUUUUACGCAGCCUUUCUUUGAUAUAAUGGUCCACUUGCUUGUACAUUUAUGCCGAGAAGUCCAAUAUGGUGGACCUGAGCACCUCCGCUGCAUGUUUACAAUCGAGCGCUACCUUGGGAAGUUGAAGACCUAUGUUCGAAACAGAAGUAAACCGGAAGGUUCAAUUGCAGAAGGUUAUUUAGCAGAAGAAUGUGUGACAUUUUGCUCAAGAUUUUUGAAUUCUGAAGUUGGAACAGGGACUACAGUAUAUUCCACUAACUUUGAAAAAGCUACAGGGGAAGUAGAAUAUCAUAUUGGCACAGGGAAGAGUAAAGAUGGUAAAAUCUUUAAACUAAAAGAUACUGAUUGGGAAGCUAGUCAUCGAUAUGUUCUUUUCAACUCUGAUAAUAAAGAUAUGGAGCGCUUAAUUGAGGAGCAUCGAACUUUAGUGGAUGGUCAUGCAGCUGGUUCAAGAAGAUAUAAAAGGGAGCGCACACAUACCAACGAGUUAUCCAAAUGGUUGAAGGAAGAGGUUCUGAAAAGGGGCAACAUGUGUAAAGAGUUAGAGGUGUUAGCAUUGGGUCCAAAUCGAACAGCUAGGAGGUUUUCUGGUUAUGUAAUAAACGGGUUCAGAUUUCAUACAAAAUCGAGAGAUUCUCGAUGUACCACACAGAACAGCGGGGUAUUUUUGACUGCUGAAACCACUAGCUUCGCUAGUUCAAAAGACCAGAACCCUAUAAUUGGAAAUGUCAACUACUUUGGAUCAAUAAUUGAUAUUUUCGAACUUGAUUAUUGGGGAGUUUUUAGGGUGGUCCUUUUUAAAUGCUGCUGGUACCAAGAAGAGAAGGAUUACUACGGUCUUACUAAAGUGAAUUUUAGUAAAUUAUGCCACAAGUCUGACCCUUAUGUGUUGGCAAGCCAAGUUCAACAAGUGUUUUACGUACAAGAUCCAACUGAAAGUAUGUGUAAUUAUGUUAUUAAGAAGAUGCCGAGGGAUUGGUCAGAUCCUGAAAUCCACAACGCAAGUGAAGAAGAUGUCAGAAAAGCUCCAUCACAUAAUGAUGACUUUAGAUGCCAAAUAGAAACUGAAGUUGCUGACGGGAGUUGGACUCGAGAUGAUGUGCCCCUAACCCAAGUCCCUAUUCCCUCUUAA